AUGAAGGGGCUAAAGUUGCUCGUCCUGCUUUCUAUUUUAUGGGGCAGGGUCUUUGGGCUUACAAACAGCCAGCGUUCAUGGACUGAAACUGAGGAUGAAAACUCCCCACUGACUCUGAACUCCACCUCAGCUCCUCUAAGUGAAGUACUGAGCCUCCAACUCCUCUUGGCCACCGAGAAACCUUCCAACAAGGCAGCUGCAGCUCCCGAGGAGAAAUCUUCUGAGGACACUCUUCUACCAUCAACACCACAGCCCUCUGAUACAAGCAUCCCUGCCGAGGGGAGGGGAAGCCGAACACCCUCCGCCAUAGAGAAGACAGACGUGGUAUCGCUGCCGCUUUCUCUCCAGAGCAAAUCCACCGUCAAGCUCAGCCCUGGAGCAGAAACGGUGAUGCUUGCUAAUGCCACGCUGAAAUUCCUUCAGAGUUUUUCCAGAAACUCCAAUCAACAAGCAAUCUCCCCCAAGUCGGUUGGAGACAUGGGAAACAGGUCUCCAAGGGGAACACAGCUCAGCAGAAGUGACAGCAGAGGAAAUCAGAGGACCAGCUAUCAAAAAUCCAGUUUUGAAACAACUAGAGGAAAGAACUGGUGUGCUCACGUACAUACCAGAUUAUCCCCGACACCGAUAUUGGACACUCAUAGCUCUUAUUUACCAAAUGGAAGAGGAUCCUGUGGCUGGCCCGGUGGACUCUGUUCCCAGAGAUCUCAGAAGAUGUCCAAUGCUGUCUAUAGGAUGCAACAUAAGAUAGUCACCUCAUUAGAAUGGAGAUGCUGUCCUGGAUACAUAGGGCCAAACUGUCAGCUCAGAGCCGAAGACCAGCAGCAACUGGCAAACAGUAACCAAGCUGAAAGUCACACAGCUGUUGACCAAGAAACAGUCCAGAAGCAGAAGCAAGAAUGUGGCGACCCAGCCAUGAUUCAAAAAAUGGAAGAGCAAAUGAGCCAGCAGGAAAAGAAGCUUUCGCUUCUGCAGAAGAAGGUUGACAAUGUUUCUCUGGCUAUGGAUAACAUGAAGAAUGCAUUCCUUUCCCUAGAAGAGAAAAUCAAUGAAGACAAUGGAAGGGAAUUUCAGUCUUUUCUGAAAGCUCUAAAAUCAAAAAACAUCAAUGAUCUACUAAAGAAUAUAGUAAAACAACAGCUUAAAGUCUUCCAAGAUGACAUGCAGGAGACCAUUGCCCAGCUCUUCAAGACUGUGUCAAGUCUGUCAGAGGACCUGGAAAGUACCAGGCAGGCAGUUCUGCAAGUGAACCAGUCCUUGGUUUCAGUAGCGGCCAAGCAAGUAACACCAGAGAAGCUGCCCGUGUGGAAGGACAUCACAGAGCUAAAGAACAGCAUCACGAAUAUCAGGCAGGAAAUGACCUUGACCUGUGAGAAGCCCGUCAAGGAGCUGGAAGCAAAGCAAGCUCAUUUGGAAGGAGCUCUAGGACAGCAGCACUCACAGCUUGUUCUGUACCAGCAGUCCCUCAAUGAAACUCUCUCUAAAAUGCAGGAAGCACACACCCAGCUGUUAUCAGUUCAACAAGCAUCAGGAACAGAGAACACUGUCACUGAGGAACUAGGCAGCAGAAAUGUCACUAAGUAUAUAUCUGUGCUACAGGAGACAGCAAGCAAACAAGGUCUGAUGCUGCUGCAGAUGCUCAGUGAUUUACACAUCCAAGAGAGCAAGAUUAGCAAUCUCACCACCCUUCUAGAGAUGGAAAGAGAAUCAGUCAGGGAAGAAUGUGAAGAAAUGCUAUCUAAAUGCAAGCAUGACUUUAAAUUUCAACUGAAGGACACAGAGGAGAAUCUGUAUAUGCUAAAUCAAACAUUGUCUGAGGUUAUCUUUCCCAUGGACAUCAAGGUGGAUAAAAUGAGCGAGCAGCUGAAUGACUUGGUAUAUGACAUGGAGAUCCUCCAGCCUUUACUGGAGCAAAGGUCGUCCUUUCAACAGCAGGUUACGCAGGGGCCAAAAGAAGCCACAGUUACUCGCAGAGAGCUACAAAGCCUAAUUGGCGCCAUCAACCGCCUGAAUGUUCUUACCAAAGAACUUACAAAAAGACACAACUUACUCAGAAAUGAAGUGCAUAGCCAUGGUGAAGCCGUUGAAAGACGCAUCAGUGACCACACCUUGGAAACAGAAGAUGGCCUAAAUAAGACAAUGACUGUUAUAAACAAUGCCAUCGAUUUUGUUCAAGAUAACUAUGUAUUGAAGGAGACUUUAAGUGCAAUGAUGUACAAUCCCAAGGUUCUUGAGUGUAACCAAAAUAUGGACACCAUUUUGACGUUUAUUUCUGAGUUCCAACGCUUGAAUGAUUCUAUUCAGACUUUGGUCAAUGACAAUCAGAAGUAUAAUCUUGUUUUGCAAAUUGCUAAAGCCCUUACAGCUGUUCCUAAAGAUGAACAACUAAGUCAGUUAAACUUUCAAAAGAUUUAUCAAAUGUUCAAUGAAACCACUUACCAGGUGAACAAAUGUCAGCAAAACAUGAGUUAUUUACAAGAAAAUAUACUCUCAGUAACAAAAAGUGCCAAAGAGUUAGAAACUCGAUUGCAAGGCAUUGAAUCUAAAGUGACCAGGACACUCAUUCCUUACUAUGUCUCAUUUAAAAAGGGUGGUGUGGUAUCAAGUGAGAGAGAUACUGAUCUUCAGCUGAAGGUAUUAAAUUCCAGAUUUAAGGCACUAGAAGCAAAAUCUAUCUAUCUUUCAGUGAGUUUCUCUUUGCUUAACAAAACUGUUCGUGAGCUUUCAAUGACAUGCCGUAAUGCUUGUGUAAGCACAUAUGGACGAAAUGCUCUCAUACCAACGUGGACCAAAGGGCCCCUGCCAGACAGUGAGAGUUCUCAGAAAAGUCUUACAGAACUUGUGGAGUCUGUCAUAGAAGUAAAAACACAAGCUGCACUUUCUAAUUUAACUUGGAAUGUUGAUCGAUUGUUGUCUGAUCGUCUAGCAAAUAUUGCCAAACCUCAAAAGCAGGUAAAACUGCAGAAGAAACCCAACACACUUAAGAAAACGGGGAACAUUACAACCAUCCUGGUAGGCCGGACGCAAAGAAACGCAGACAGCAUUACUCAUCCUGCGCAGGAAUAUUCCAGCUGCAGCAGCUUCCCAUGCCAGAAUGGCGGCACUUGCAUCAGUGUGAGAACCAGUUUCAUCUGCGCUUGCCGGCACCCUUUUAUGGGUGACGCCUGCACUGUGAAGAUCGUGGAAGAAAAUGCCGUGGCACCAGAUUUUUCCAAAGGAUCUUACAGAUAUGCUCCGAUGGUGGCGUUUUUUGUAUCUCACACUCAUGGAAUGACAGCACCUGGUCCUAUCCUGUUCAACGAUCUAAGUGUUAAUUAUGGAGCUUCAUAUAACCCAAGAACUGGCAAGUUCAGAAUUCCGUACCUUGGAGUGUACAUCUUCAAAUACACUAUUGAGUCAUUCAGUCCUCAUAUCUCGGGGUUUUUAGUGGUUGAUGGAGUAGACAAGCUGAGAUUUGAGUCUGAAAAUACUGACAAUGAAAUACACUGUGACAGAGUUUUGACUGGGGAUGCCUUAUUUGAAUUAAACUAUGGGCAGGAAGUGUGGCUGCGUCUUGUAAAAGGGAUAAUUCCGAUCAAAUAUCCCCCCGUGACCACAUUUAGUGGUUACUUGUUAUACCGCACCUGAGUUAGAGAGGUAGACUGUCAGCUCCACUCCAGUGCUGUCUACCUUUUUAUUUCUCCUUGCAUGCGCAUCAGCUCUGUUGUGGUAUUUCCACACUAGAUGAGAUAUGUUAUUUAA